AUGAAACAACAUAUUGCUCAUGUGAAAGGAAAUGUAGCUCCAUGUCAAAAGUCUACCAAAGAUGAUCAGUUGAGAUGUCGAGAUGCUAUCAAUGAAGGAAAGUUAAAAAAGAAGGGAAAACAAGCACAUGAUGAAGCGUUAAGAUCGGAGGUGAGAUUUGAUACUAAUGAAAACAUUAGUAUAGACACGGAUGAAAUAGAGAAUACUUUUGGGAGCUUGAGGGAACCAUAUGUUAUAGGCCCGAUGGAUAACUUUGCAAGCACAUUAAACCCCGAAGAAUCUUUGAAGUCGGGAAAAGGCAAAAAAGUUUAUAUUAACAAUGCUAUUCGGAAAGAAAGAAUAUCAACUGUGAAAAGUUUCAUUGGUAGGUGGGCAUAUGAGUGUGCAAUUCCUUUUCAUGCCUUCGAAAAGGAUAGCUUUAAAAUGAUGGUGGAGGUAAUUGGCCAAUAUGGAACCGGGCUUCCAACUCCUACUAGGUAUGAGUUGAGUAACACAAUUUAA